CGGCGUCACCCCGAAGAAGAAGAACGCUCUCGCGAGUUGCGUUCAUGGCCUGAAGAACCCGGUUCCGAUCGCUUCCGUCGCUUUCGAAUCCGGACCGCCGUCUCGCCCUCCAUGGAGACCUCAAUCCUCACGGCGACGCAGAGAUACGCAGCGGCCGGCCUCCUCGCCCUCGCUCUCCACCGCUCCCAGAAGCGCCAGGCGCGGCCUUCGGACGCCUUGGCCCCUCUCGAGGAAGAGCCGAUCGGCCGGGGCGCGUCGAUCGAUCGCGGCGUCGGUGCCUCGGUGGCGCCGGAGCAUCCCGAGCUCUGGAUCCACGAAGGCUCGGGCCUUCUUCGGCCUGUCUUCAGGUUUUUGAAGGUCGACGAGGGAUCUUGGGAUGGUCUGAAGGAGACUGCAGGGUCUUCCUCGCAAGUCAGGCAUCAUGUCGGAGCGUUCCUGACAUUGCUCGUAGAGGAUAAGGAAGAAACUUGUCCAGAAAGGUCAGACAAGGAGCUUGCUUUGGCAAAAGCUGUUGAUGCCAUGGUGCUUAGUGUGGAAACUUCUCCUGAUUAUGAAGAGGAGGAUAACAGGAGUCGUGAAUAUGAAAAGGAGUGUCGAGAGAAAUGUUCUGAUUCCCAGAUGAACGUAUCAUCUGAGGAAGUGGCGAAGCUAGAUGGAACAGCUGGGGUGGCAGGUUCGGAGAUGACCUCUGAAGAAGAUGUUCCGAACAAAGUUCUUGGGACAUCUGAGGAAUUUAUAGAAGAGGGCAGGAUGAUCAGUCGUCAGAGAAAACUUGCAGUUCUUUAUGAGCUUCUUUCAGCUUGUGUAGCAGACAGCUCCGAAGAUGAGAGCAAGUCACCUGGGAGGAAGGGCUAUGAUGCUAGACAUCGCGUUGGUUUAAGGCUACUGGCAACGUGGCUUGGAAUUAGAUGGUUGGAAAUGGAAGCUUUGGAGAUGAUUGUUGCUUGCUCUGUGAUGUCUUCAUUGAAAGUGGAAGGUGCAAAGGAAGAAGAUACUGAAGUCACAGAAAACCGUUGGGCUAAGUGGAAGCGAGGAGGAAUUAUUGGUGCCGCUGCUUUAGGUGGAGGGGCCUUGAUGGCCAUCACCGGUGGGCUAGCUGCCCCAGCUAUUGCAGAGGGAAUGGGAGCCCUGGCUCCAACCCUAGGCAGUGUCAUCCCUGCUGUUGGAGCAGGCGGUUUUGCGGCAGCAGCAACUGCUACAGGAUCUGCUGCAGGUUCUGCUGCGAUUGCUGCAUCAUUUGGAGUUGCUGGAGCUGGCCUUACAGGAAGUAAAAUGGCCAGAAGAAUUGGAGGCAUUGAGGAAUUUGAGUUCAAAGUGAUAGGCGAUGAUCAUAACCAAGGCCAAUUGGCAGUUGAGAUAUUGGUUUCUGGACUUGCUUUCGAGAGCGAGGAUUUUGUAAGGCCAUGGGAAGGUUAUGACAGUAACUUGGAAAGGUAUGCACUGCAAUGGGAGUCUAAGAAUUUGAUUGCUCUAAGCACUGCCAUACAGGACUGGCUUACUUCAAGACUUGCUAUGGAGUUAGUUAAAGGAGGUGCAAUGAUGACUGUUCUGAGCACGCUUGUGGCUGCAUUAGCUUUACCAGCAACUCUGGUUACUGCAUCUGAUAUCAUAGACAGUAAAUGGGCCAUUGCUAUUGACAGAUCAGAUAAAGCAGGAGAACUGCUAUCUGAAGUGUUACUGAAAGGAUUGCAAGGCAACAGGCCCGUCACUCUCAUAGGCUUCUCUUUGGGUGCCCGAGUAAUUUUCAAAUGUCUACAGUUUUUGGCUGAAUCGAGUGAAGAUAAUGCUAGAUUUGUUGAAAGGGUGGUUCUUCUUGGAGCACCAAUUUCAAUCAAGGAUGAAAAUUGGGAGAUAGCAAGAAAGAUGGUGGCUGGAAGGUUUGUCAAUGCAUAUUCAACAAAUGAUUGGACCCUUGGUAUUGCUUUCCGUGCCAGUUUGUUCUCUCAGGGGUUAGCUGGGAUUCAACCUGUUAAUGUUCCUGGCGUGGAGAACGUCGAUGUAACAGAGUUGAUAAAUGGUCACUCAUCCUACCUUUGGACGGCAAAACAAAUUUUGAAACAGCAAGAACUGGACAGUCCUUACCCCGUUUUUAGAACUGAGUAGUACGAAGAUUCAUGAUGAAAAGAAUUCUCUUACCUUAGCCUGACUUCUCUAAGCAACCUUCAUUUUCUGGUUGGCUUUUCAUUUCAUCCUCUAUCGAUUUUUACCACUAUUUCGAGUUUGACAACUCACCUUCCAGGACAUGAAUAGACAAUGAUCUCUUUCCUCGGUCAGGUGUCUGCAGCACAUCAUUCAACAACCAUGCCGGCAUCUUUUAUGGACUAUAGUGAACCUCCUCCGGUCCUUCGUAAGUUAAUCUUUUUGUUUUAGCUCGGACAUGCAAAGAGACCUGGGUGGAGCUAUAGUUAGCAUUCUGGACUUAAUGCUAGGCGCCGAAGCAUUCUGAAUAGCAAGAUGCUUUUCGGCUUAGUUGUAGAUUGAACAUGCAAUUUGUCAUGUCUUGCUAUUUCCCGGCUACACCUUUUCCCUGAUUAUUUUGCCUAGUUUC